GUGCGCACGUCUUUUGUCGCACACAAUCUGUCACAAUAAACGACAACUCCGCUCCGUCAGUCAGUCAGUUCGAGUCCGUGGUGGCGUACAGUUCGUCGGCAAGUAGUCAACCGCAGUGCACGCACUAAAACAAAAAUGGUGACCCACGUAGCAAACCAAGCUGACCUGGAGCAGAAACUGAAGGACGCCGGCGGCAACCUGGUCGUGAUCGACUUCUUCGCCACGUGGUGCGGCCCGUGCAAGAUGAUCUCGCCGAAAUUGGAGGAGCUCGCCCAAGAGUACAGCGACGUGGUGUUCCUGAAGGUGGACGUUGACGAGAACGAGGAGAUCGCGAUGGAGUACAACAUCUCGUCGAUGCCGACGUUCGUGUUCAUCAAGAACGGCGCUACCGUUCUGACGUUCAGCGGCGCCAAUUACGACAAGCUCAAGGCCGCCAUCCUGGACCACAAAUAGAUUUAUUGAUUUGAUUGAUGGAUGUAUUUUAUGCAUAGUUUUUUAUUCGUUUAUUGUUUAAGUAAAUGUUUUUCAACACACACAUACACACACACACACAGUUUGUAGUGCCUCAUUCACUGAACAAAUACUAUUGUUUUUGGACGGUGUAUUUAAACCUAUAAGUACUGUCAGCGGUUUACAAAAUGAAUAAAGAUCUGUUACUUUUA